CAUCCACGCCCGCCCGUCCGCGCCGCCCGGGAAGCGCCCCCGUCUCUCGAUGGAAUUAGGGGAGCUCGGAGCCGCCGCCGUAUCGCUCAGACAUGACCCAUGGACGCGGCGCGCUGCCCAUUGUAGCAAGUUUAAUCAUCCUUCACUUGUCUGGGGCAACCAAGAAAGGAACAGAAAAGCAAAUCACCUCAGAAACACAGAAGUCAGUGCAGUGUGGAACUUGGACAAAACAUGCGGAGGGGGGGAUCUUCACCUCCCCCAACUAUCCCAGCAAGUACCCCCCUGACAGAGAGUGCAUCUACAUCAUAGAAGCUGCCCCAAGACAGUGCAUAGAACUUUACUUUGAUGAAAAGUACUCCAUCGAGCCAUCUUGGGAGUGCAAGUUUGAUCACAUUGAGGUUCGAGAUGGACCUUUUGGAUUUUCUCCAAUAAUUGGACGUUUCUGUGGACAACAAAAUCCACCUGUGAUAAAAUCCAGUGGACGAUUUCUAUGGAUUAAAUUUUUCGCAGAUGGAGAGCUGGAAUCUAUGGGAUUUUCAGCCCGAUACAAUUUCACACCUGAUCCUGACUUUAAGGACCUGGGAGCUUUGAAACCAUUACCAGCCUGUGAGUUUGAGAUGGGCGGUCCGGAAGGAAUUGUGGAGUCUGUUCAGAUCAUGAAGGAAGGCAAAGCUUCUGCGAGCGAGGCCGUGGAUUGCAAAUGGUACAUCCGAGCCCCGCCGCGAUCCAAGAUCUACUUGCGAUUCCUGGACUACGAGAUGCAGAAUUCCAACGAGUGCAAAAGGAACUUCGUGGCGGUGUACGACGGCAGCAGCUCGGUGGAGGACUUGAAGGCCAAGUUCUGCAGCACCGUGGCCAAUGACGUGAUGCUGCGCACCGGGCUGGGCGUCAUCCGGCUCUGGGCCGACGAGGGCAGCCGCAACAGCCGCUUCCAGAUGCUCUUCACAUCCUUUCAAGAACCUCCCUGUGAGGGCAAUACGUUUUUCUGCCAUAGUAACAUGUGUAUUAACAACACGCUGGUGUGCAAUGGACUCCAGAACUGUGUGUAUCCUUGGGAUGAAAAUCAUUGUAAAGAGAAGAGGAAAACCAGCCUGCUGGACCAGCUGACCAACACCAGCGGGACUGUCAUCGGCGUGACCUCCUGCAUUGUCAUCAUCCUUAUUAUCAUUUCUGUCAUCGUGCAGAUAAAACAGCCUCGUAAAAAAUACGUCCAAAGGAAAUCGGACUUUGACCAGACAGUUUUCCAGGAGGUGUUCGAGCCUCCACACUACGAGCUGUGCACGCUCAGAGGCCCGGGAGCCGCGGCCGACUUCGCCGACGUGCCCGACGACUUGGAGAGCUACCAUAAACUGCGCAGGUCUUCCUCCAAAUGCGUUCACGACCAUCACUGUGGAUCCCAGCUGUCCAGCACGAAAGGCAGCCGCAGCAACCUCAGCACAAGAGAUGCUUCUGUCUUGACUGAGAUGCCCCCUCAGCCCGUCAAGCCCCUCAUCCCACCCAUGAACCGAAGGAACAUUCUCGUCAUGAAACACAACUACUCGCAGGACGCGGCCGACGCCUGUGACAUUGAUGAGAUUGAAGAGGUGCCCACCACCAGCCACAGGCUGUCCCGACACGACAAAGCCGUCCAGCGGUUCUGCCUCAUUGGGUCUCUAAGCAAACACGAAUCUGAAUACAACACAACUAGGGUCUAGAGAGAAAAUUCCAGAGAAGAACUAUUUAUUCAAACAUGGGGACUGUGAAAAGAAAAUUCUAUAGUGAGUUGUGAAAAGUGGACGUAUUUCUAAAUUCAUUCCACUGCCUUUAUCCAAACUUAAGAAUCACAGACAUUUGUUAUUCCUUCGGCAAGACAUUCCUGCUGCACAAUGAUAUGUUCAUUUCGUAAUUUGGUUGCUGGCCACCAAGUGCUCCUUAGUUUUUAAAUACAUUUUGAGAUUUACUGGAAACUUGAAGAAGAAAUUAGUUCCUGAUUAAGACUAUCCCAACUUUCUCUUUACUGUCGGUUUCACAUGGCUUCUAUGUUGUUUCAUGUCUUUGUUCGAUAAUUGUACCUGGUGUGAUAUGUGAGCAGACAGGACUUUGGAUGAGCUGUGCAUUACAUGUGCGUUGUUUUCAUUAUAUAGACUAUAUAUUGGGAACAGUGGUGGUUCCUGAGGGAUCUUGAACAUGCCACGGGAAAGGUGAAUCUAUGGACCUUGGAAACACCAGCUCGAGGUUUUAUGGACUAUAAACAUCUGUCGUUGUGUCAUGAUUAAAUGCAACCAGAAGUAAUGAGGAAAGGGACUGGAUGGCAAUAAGAAAAAAAAAAUCUCAUUUGGGGUCUUUCCUGUAUUCCCCCAGUUUCCUUUCUGUUUUACAUCAAAGGAAGAUACUGAGUUUCAGAAAUAGUUUUUGAAAUCAGGUAUUUAACCAUCCCGACCCUUCAAUAGAAAUGUUUUUGUUUUGUUUUGUUUUGGUUUUGGUUAAGCAUUUAGCAAUAUGACUGAAUUGACAGUUUGAGAAAACACCCUGCAUGUCAGUAAUGGAUAUUUGAGUUGGGAAAAAAAUGCCCUUUUUAUUAGACACAUUGUACAAAGCAUGCAUUCCCCAAUACUGCUGUUACUCUUCCAUUUCUUGUGUCCUAUGCUUGCUACUUGUAACUUUUUAUAUAAAGAUAUAUAAAAAUGUAUAAUAAUUUCCUAACUUGAGUAAAGAGACAUGUUUUCUUCCAUUAGAGAGAGAGAGAGAAAACUGGCUUACCUGCGUACACACUUUGUAUCAACUCUUCCCACCUGUGAGGGUAGAGGUUGUCCCUUCCUGUUGAGGCUUACUUCUCCAAAAAUUUGAUUUCUAAGAUUUUAUGAAAUAGAUUCUCCUUUUAGGAUGGGAAAGUCUUUUUAAGUGCUUGAAAUUCAGUCUCUUGGAUGAGCCCAUUACACAGUUCUGAGUUGUACUAACACUCACGCACACAUAUGCUCCCCAAAAGCUCACCAGUUAUGGUUUAAUUAAUGAAAGUAAAAUCACAUCCUAUCUUUGCUAUCGAGUUGUACACAGACUCUAUACAGUUUGAUUUAGGAGGGAGAACUUUUAAAACUUUGAGUGUAUAUUCUUAGAAAAUAAAUUUUUCAAACCAGAAGGACUGUAAAUCUGCCUCCCUGUGUUUCCAAAACUCUGCUGAGUUCUACGGCAUUUUGUCGUUCUGACAGCAAAGCCGUCCAGCGGAUGAGAGUUCAAACCUGUGACUUGCCCAGGCUUGCCAGACCUUACUCUACAGUUGUGUCCUCACAUACCUCUUUGUUAAGAAUUCAGUUUCACAUGUAUUGUAGAAACAAAAGGGAAAGAAAAUAAAAUUUGAUGAUAGAAAAUUUAAAGAUUUAUUAUAGCAAUUCUGAAUAAUCUAUAUUGAAGCAAUUGUCAAUCCACUGAAAUAACUACUUCCAUAAUUUUGAUCAACUGAAGAACAAAAUUUUGAACAUGGUAAAGAUUAUUUUCAUUGUUUUGCUACAUAUUUUUAUACACGUUGCUUCUGUUAAAAUGGAGACUUUUUUAUUUGAGUGGUUUAUUCAUUACCAUACUGCCUUGAUCGCCCUUUAAUUCAAAGUUAAUGUAGUCAAAGAUUAUGUUUUGAAGUGAUUCGCCAUUUGUUUAAUUAUUUUCUCUAUAUACAGAAAUCUUUACACCUUGAAUUAAUAAUCACCAAAAAGUGUGAUCUACAUGGCUUAGAAGAACAAAAGAAACAGGGAAAAUAAAUUAGAGACGCCUGAACCUUCACUGUCCUAGAGCUAUCGACAGGGCUUCCGACUGGUUCUUCUGACCUGUUGGUUCAUUGCAAAUUGCACCAGAAAUCCUCUAAUGGAGACUCUUAAAACAUCAAACUAUAAUGACAAAAGUAGAGAGCUUACAUAUAUCUACCGUGCAAUAGCUCGAUGGGAAAACAAAACUAUUUCAAAUGUCUUCAUUCGGGUGGUCUCAGUGACAGCACCAAGGGUAGCUAACAGUGGACACUGGCAAAUCAGAAGACAAAAUAGUGGCCAUGCUGGGGCAGGGAGGCACCUUGUUGACAGUAGGUCUCGACACUGGAUGUUGGGGAAGUUUGGCUCCAUGAGACUGAAAUCAAUCAACGCAUUAAAAACUUCUAUUGACCGACUCCAUGUCAAUUUGUGGUUUACAUUCAAAUGGGGAGACCUGAGUAGGUAAGGAAUGAAAUGUUUCAAGAUUUCAAGAUGUUUCAUGUUAUUUUGAUAAAUAAUUAUAUUUUUUGAUAAAGUGAAUUCCAAACGUACACAAGUGCUUUAUUAAUUCCAUAAGAUGUUUUUCAAUAAUGUAUAAAUACUAUGUAAGUUAAUUUGAAAAUAGCUGUUUUUGUUUUCUUUCUGUGUUAGAAUUUACUUCCAAAAAUCUGGGAGGCACAUCAUCCAACACAGCACUUAGGAAGCCCUAAAUUAAGCAUUUUACUUUCAUCCAAGUGCUUGUUCAUUGUUCAAUUCAAGCCUGGCACGCUGAUUUGGGAAGGUGAUUUUUUUGUACCUGAUUUUAUAAACAUUCAAUUUUUAUACAUCAGAUUUCAAAAUCAACAUAUAUAAUAUUUAAGUUGUCAUAAUUAACUUCCAUUUGAUUAGCUAAUCAAAAUGUGGCUAUAAACAGAACAGGAGGUCAGUGUCUUUGGACUUUAAAUGGAGAGCAGCACAUCUAGUGGAGAGACUGGCUUUUCUGUCUCACAUGAUUUUUUUCCAGUACAAAUGUCUGAGCGUGUCUGACUCCAUAAACUUCUGUUCUCAGUGCUUAAUGAAGUUUGGUCUUCGAACUUACUUGAAUGUUCUCUUAAACUAUAUAUCGAGCUUUUCUAUCAUUUUCCUUAAAAUGUGGGUUUUCCUCAAAUUUGAUAGCUUUUUAAAAAAUUCCACAAGUGAGUUUUUCUCGACCUUAGAAUAUCAUAAUCAAUUUCAAAAUGUGAUACUGGUUCCUAUUUUCUUUACUAGAGUAAUGACAAAUGAUUGACGUUUUGGUGGUAAAAUAAAUGAUAGAUUUUACCUUAUUUUGGAGUUUGUAUGUUUCAGUGAUGACAAUGAAUUCUGUCAGAUUCCCCUGGAAAUAAAUUUUUUAAAUUAUCUGAAUCCUCAAUGUACAUGAUUUGAAGCGUUUUAGGGUUGCCUAAGGCCAGGGAGUGAGCUGGCUUCUGUGUCCUGUCUACUGCAUAUUUGCUUUUUGGUCAUUGCUGUGCUCACACUCAUGGCAAAGAUUCCCCGCCAAGAAAUUGUUAAGAAGAUGAAAGAAUUCAAAAAUUAGACUUACCUAUAAACCUCUUAUCCAUUUAAUUAGUAUUUCCAAUACCCCUCCUAAGAGCUAAAGAAAGUAACAAAAUGAAAUGCAAUGUUAAAAUUGCCAGAAAUAUGUUUUUAUAAAUAAUCUUAUUCAAUAAAUCUGAAGUCCUUUGUUCAUAUAGAAUUAUCCUGAGUAAUUUUGU